ACAUGUCAUUGCUUCUGAGUGACUUCUGACCCAUCUUUUCUUUUCACUUAACUCCGCCACUUAUUCCUCUCAGGCCUUCCAAUUAAUUCAACUCUUAUCAAACUCUUUCAAGUUCAACCCCUACCCUAUACUUCAAUUCACUUCUUUAUCUCCCCGUAUAUUUUAUUGCCACAGAAAAGCCUGCUUGAAUUUCAUUUCAGUUGAAAACCAACAUGAGCUCUUCCUCAGAGAAAUCCAAUUCUCCAGCCAAGCCAGUGAGAAGAAGGGCAAGCAGAAGGGCUUCCCAGCUUUGUGACAUUAAUGCUGUUGAAAUUAGGAGGCAGAUUUUUCAAGCCUUGCAACUCCAUAGAGCAUCAUCAUCAUCAUCAUCAUCUUCAUCUUCAUCUUCAUCUUCAUCUUCAUCAUCAUCAGCAUCUUCAUCCCAUGUUGUUGUUGGUUCACAAUUUAAUUCAUUGGUGGAGUCUAUGCCUCUGCCUGGACCUGUUUGGUCUACAACUGCACCUUCAGUUUUGGCUCAUGCACCAUCUGCAGCAGCAGCAGCAACCAUGGAAGCCUUAGAAUUUGAGUGGGGAGAGAACCAAGCCUCUUCCUAUUCUUGGUGGUUAUCUUUUCUAAAUACCUUGGAUAGUAACAAUGCUGAAAAAUCAAAGUACCCUUUAUCACUGGGAAGUUCUAAUUGGUUGUUUGGUCAGAACCAGAACAGUUGUACAGCACUUGAUCAAGAGCCAUCUUUGGUUGAUGCAAAUGAUCAGAGCCCUUCCCCAGAUGAAUGGUUGAUGCUACCAACUACAGAAGAUGAUGAGGGUGAGGUUGUAAUUCCCUGAGCUUGGGAUUUUGGAUAUAGAUAUAUAGCUUAACAUCUAGUAUUUCAUCCUCAACUAUCUGUUUCAUAU